GAAUGGAAUCAAUCUCAUAAACAAUACAAUUGCACACGAAUUUUUUUAUAAUACUGGAAUUAUACUCUUAUUUUUUUGGACUGCUUUUUUUUCACUUAAUUAAUAGAACGAAAGUUAUCGGACUCGCCUUUCGCUGUGUUUUCAUCUCUCCUCUCCCUCUCCUGAUCGUCGGCUCUCGAUUCCUCCACCGCGCUCUCCGCCGGCGAGAUCUCCGAUCAGAAAUUCAGCCAUUUCCUUAGUGUUCAAUCUCAAUCUUUAUGGGGCCCGAAAAUCCUAAUCGUCCAAACUAUCCAUUAAGACCAGCUGCAACACCCUUUGCUUCUCAGCAAUCUUCAACACCUUUCUCAUCGUCUGGUCCUGCUGUUGGAUCAGAAGCACCCGUCUUUAGGCCUGGGCCUCCUGCAGCCUCGAACUUUCAAGCACCUCCCUUUGCUGGGGGACCUUUGGUUGGAACGGAGAUCCCUGCCUUUAGACCUCCUCCAUCAAUUAGACCUGGUGAAGUGGUCCGCCCACCUCCUCCACCAUCUUAUGGCCCACCUACCUCAGGAUUUCAGAGAUUCCCAAACCCCCCCAUGUCGUCAGCUGGUCAAGUACCACCUCCUCACAUCUCUCUUACAGGUCAGCCUGUUAUAGCUCCACCAACCAGACCUCCUCCAGGUCCUGCUUCUCCUUUUUCACAUCCCCAGCCACCUUUGGUAUCCAUGGGAUCUCCACCUCAAAGCAUAAAAACUGGACAACCUAACCCAAAUAUCCCACCUCCUGCAGAUCAACGCUUCUCUACUCCCAUUCCCAGGCCAAGUUCCCAGCCUUCUUCUCCACCAACUGGGACAUCUUAUCCAGCUGGCAGGGGUACCUAUCCAGGGUAUGCCAACAUGCAACCAAAUUCUGUUUCCCAAGCUCCACCUAUGCCGCCUGCCUCCUUUCAAAUGCAACAAGGAGGUUAUGGUCCACCUAUGCAGUCAUCCUUUCCUUUACAACGAGGCUAUGCUCCACAAGCACCUCCAACAUCUCUUCUAGCUCAACAAAGAGGUUAUGCUCCUGUUCCACCUGUUUCAACUUCUUCUGGCCUCUAUUCAGGGAACCAGUUCCAGCAACAUGGCAUUGCACCUGCUCACCAGGGUUUGGCUGAAGAUUUUAGUUCGCUCUCUCUUGGAUCAGUACCAGGAUCUUAUGAUGCAGGACUUGAUAUCACAGCCUUACCAAGGCCAUUAGACGGUGAUGUGGAACCUAAGUCUUAUGCUGAUAUGUACCCAAUGAAUUGUGAUUCUAGAUUCUUGCGACUAACAACAAGUGGCAUACCAAAUUCUCAAUCAUUGGCAUCACGAUGGCAUUUGUCUAUUGGGGCUGUUGUUUGCCCUCUAGCAGAAACUCCUCCCGGGGAGGAAGUUCCAAUUGUUAAUUUUGCCACAACAGGAAUCAUUAGAUGUAGAAGGUGCCGUACUUAUGUGAACCCAUAUGUCGCGUUCACUGACAAUGGAAGAAAGUGGAGAUGCAAUAUAUGCUCAUUGCUAAAUGAUGUUCCAAGUGAUUAUUUUGCCCACGUGGAUGCUAGUGGAAGAAGAGUUGAUUUGGAUCAAAGGCCUGAACUUAUAAAGGGUAGUGUUGAGUUUAUUGCUCCAGCUGAGUACAUGGUCCGCCCUCCAAUGCCACCACUCUAUUUUUUCCUCAUCGAUGUAUCAAUAUCUGCUGUUAAAAGCGGAAUGCUUGAGGUUAUGUCACAGACUAUUAAGUCUUGCCUGGACAGCUUACCUGGUUCAACACGAACACAGAUUGGCUUUAUAACUUAUGAUAGCACCAUACAUUUCUAUAACAUGAAGUCAUCAUUGGCACAGCCUCAGAUGAUGGUUGUCUCGGAUUUGGAUGAUAUAUUUGUUCCAUUACCAGAUGAUCUUCUAGUCAACUUGUCAGAAUCUAGGAGUGUGGUGGAGGCAUUCCUUGAUAGCUUGCCCUCCAUGUUCCAGGAGAACAUGAAUGUUGAAGCUGCAUUUGGUCCAGCUCUCAGAGCUGCAUUCUUGGUUAUGAGCCAACUUGGCGGUAAAUUGUUAAUCUUCCAGAAUAGUCUACCAUCUCUUGGUGCUGGCCUCCUGAAGCUGCGUGGGGAUGAUAUUCGAGUUUAUGGGACUGAUAAAGAGCAUACUUUACGAUUACCUGAAGAUCCAUUUUAUAAACAGAUGGCUGCUGAUUUUACUAAGUAUCAGAUAGCUGUAAAUGUAUAUGCAUUCAGUGAUAAGUACACGGAUAUAGCAACUUUGGGAACACUGGCAAAGUAUACUGGCGGUCAGGUGUAUUAUUAUCCAAAUUUCCUGGCUAGUAUCCAUAAAGAAAAGUUGAAACAUGAGCUAACCAGAGAUCUUACCAGAGAAACUGCAUGGGAAGCGGUCAUGAGGAUAAGAUGUGGAAAAGGAGUACGGUUUACAUCUUAUCAUGGAAAUUUUAUGCUAAGAUCCACAGACUUACUCGCACUCCCUGCUGUUGACUGUGAUAAGGCUUAUGCAGCACAGUUGUCUCUUGAAGAGACGCUGUUGACUACUCAGACUGUGUACUUUCAAGUUGCACUAUUAUACACAUCAUCUUCUGGCGAACGGCGUAUCAGAGUACACACUGCAGCUGCUCCAGUUGUUACAGAUCUGGGAGAGAUGUACCGCCUAGCUGACACUGGAGCAAUUAUUUCUCUGUUCUCCAGGCUAGCAAUUGAAAAGACUUUGUCAUCCAAGCUGGAAGAAGCUCGGAAUAGUGUUCAACAUCGUAUUGUCAAAGCUCUAAGGGAAUACCGAAAUCUUUAUGCUGUUCAACAUCGCUUGUCAGGAAGGAUGAUCUACCCCGAGUCACUAAAAUUCUUACCGUUGUAUGGACUAGCAUUGUGUAAAUCACUACCCCUCCGUGGUGGGUAUUCCGAUGUGCAGCUUGAUGAGCGCAGUGCAGCUGCAUACACCAUGAUGGCUUUACCUGUUAAAAGUUUGCUGAAACUUCUGUAUCCCAACCUGGUUCGUGUGGAUGAGUGUCUUGUAAAAGUAAGUUUAUUGCAUUCUUGUUUCUUUUGUUGGAGUGUGAUUUGGUGUGCAUCUUACCUAUUCCCUAUGUCUCCUCAGAAUGAAGAAUUUGACACCAAAAAGAGGCUUCCACUAACCGUAGAGAGCUUAGACACCAGAGGUCUCUAUAUCUUUGAUGAUGGUUUCCGGUUUGUCAUAUGGUUUGGCAAAGCACUUUCACCUGACAUAACUAAGAAUUUGGUCGGGGAAGAUUUUGCCACGGACUUCUCAAAGGUUAGCCUCUCCCAAAGAGACAACCCCAUGUCUAGAAAGAUCAUGGAGAUCCUUAAUCAAUGUAGGAAGAGCGAUCCGUCAUAUUUUCAGCUAUGCCAUCUUGUGAGGCAGGGUGAUCAACCUAGAGAAGGCUUCUUCCUACUUACAAGUCUUGUCGAGGACCAGAUUGGUGGUGCCAAUGGUUAUGCUGACUGGAUGGUGCUGCUUUUUCGGCAAGUCCAACAAAAUGCAUAAUAAUCGGGAAAUUUGAUAUUACGGGCAUGUGAGUGUCUCGAAGCAGACAGCAGCUCGCCCCUCAGAUUCCAUACGUCAAAUACAUGAAGGCGAAUAAAAAGAAGAGGAGAUCUAGAUUUCGAGAUGAAAUAUUCAGGAGUAGCAGCUAGCUAGCGGAUCGGCCUUUGAUCGUGGUGUUUAUAGUUGUGAAAAAUGCAAGAGAUGAUCCAUUAGUUAUUCUAUAUUCAUCCUCUGUUUGGUUGGCACUGUUUUUUUGGGUUUAUAGAUUUUUACUUUUUUUUGGUGUAAUUUCAUGCCAACUUAAAUUUGCAAUACCGGAUUUAGGGAUGUGUAUUUAGAUUAUAAAUAUAUGUAUUCAACAGUAUUGUCUAAGCAUUUUGGUUGUAUUUGGGAUUAAUCUUUUGCCUCGUCUAAUGUUAUAUGAGAGUUGAGACAAUUUUCAUUUU